AUGUUGUCGUCACUCAAACUCGUGGCCGGGAUUUUGAGUGCCGACCAAAAGUCAGCUAUUGCAUCGGAGCUAGCCGAAAAUUUGCAAAACUCACAAAAUGCGGCUGCGUUGGGAGAGCUCGUCGGAGAGGUUGAUGAGCUGACUCUGGAAAAGAUUAUACCCCAAAUCAAAGCAUACUGCUUGGACGUGCUUUGCAGUGGAGACACAGAGAAGAUUGAAAUAGCCAUCAGAUUUGCCAAUUUUUCAGAGGAUGCUCGUACAGCCAUUCUUGAGAAGGUAUUACUGCUUCUCAAGGCCUCUCUCGAGGGUAUCUAUGUUCUAAACACCACCAAGUUGGCCAAUUUAGAGGAAUCCCUUGAGAAAGAGGAGCUCUUGCAUAUGAUGACAUUUUUAUCGUCUUUCUACGUCAAUGUCGAUCUCCUGAAUAGCGAAUUGGCGUACAGAGUGGACCUGGUAUUUCUACUCUUCCUUGGCCAUGUAGACGACGAGAUUUCUCGUGAAUGCUCUAAAGUCGUCAGAUGGAGGGUGGAAACGCUAGUAGAUCGGGCAUUUACAGACGUGGGGUUUGCAAAAUACUUGUGGAGUACCAUUUUUGAUCUACUCAAACCGUUAGGAACCAAGCAGCAUGCGCAUAAUUCAUUCAUUUUGUGGCUUCGAGUGCUCAGUGCCAAAACCGGUCGCUUAGGGGAAGACGAGUAUUUCCAAAAGUCAAUUGUGUCCCAAAACUACUACUGGGAAACUCUUCAGUCGGGUCUUGCUGGAGCUUCUCAUGAGAUAAGAAAGUUCUGCUUGUCUAUCCUUCAGCUCUCCAUCAAGCUCAUAAAUCAUUCAUUUAAAACCGAACUCUUCCAAUGGGAUGCCAAUGACGUGGAAGACGCAUUGGAGGAGUGGAGAGUUUACACUACUCUUUACGAGAUUGUCGGAAUCGACACUUCAUUGCAUCAGACUCAGGGAGCUGAAAAUGAGAUAUUGGAUCUUUUCACUCCGGAAUCUCGCAUUCACUCGUCAUGGGGGUUCUGUCUUCUUUGCACAGGCUUCCAGUCUUCGAUGGAUUCGGUUAGGAAGUUUUCAACUCAGCUUCUCUUAUCUAUCAAAUCUGAGAAUCUUUUUCUUUUCAAAUAUGGAUUACCUUUUUUGAAAAACACCUUCUUGCCUUACAUGCUUCAAUCCUCGCAUUUUACUGUUAGAAAAAAGGGACCGUUCACAAAUGAAUUGGCAUGUCAGUAUGGCGAGAAAGUCGCUGACUUUUUGGCAAACUUGUUCAACAGCUUGACGUCGCAAGAAGAAUUUGUAAGCGUGAGCCUGUCGGUGUUAGAAGUUCUUGUCGGUGUAAGAGAGACCUUUGACGCUGUCAAGAUCUACACCGCUUGGGGUAUUGUUAGAGGUCUUGAGGGAAAAAACGCCUUAAGGUACGGUGUACAUGACCAGAUGGUGGCCAAGCUCUUUGACAAUUUUUCUGAAGGCGACCUCUUCAGAAGAUCUUUGCAGACCCUCGUGCUCAGAAUGAUUUUGUGUUUGAAGCUUGAGAACAUAAAUGAUUUCUCGGCUCUUCUUACCAAAUUCGUGAACUACAAUGGUACCAAGAUUGUUAUCGAAAACGUGCAGCUGAUUGUUGCCUACUUGGAAGCAUCGGGCUGCAGCCUGGUGGAGCUCUUGGGGCACCUCAAUUCAUUGGGCGUCAACACAGGAAAUUGUGUUCUCUUAUAUCUUGCUCUGGAAAUGCAAUUCUCACAGCUGGAUUUUGAAAAUACAUUGAAGAGCGCUAAUGAUGAAACCUUGCUCACAUUGACUGAGUUUGGAGUAAGCUCAGCUAAAUUCCAGUGCCUUGAGAACCGUUUAGGAGCCAUAUUAAAAAGCUCCCUCCAAGGUUACGACUCAUUAAGCACAUACAAAGCUUUGUCCUCAAUUCCAAUCGCAACGCUUCCUUUACCAGAGAGCCUUACCAUUAAAGAUAUUUGGGCGCUGAUUGUCACUAACUUUCAGUCUGAAGAUUUUGGAGAGCUUGAAUUGGCAGUGAACAAACUUAAAUUUGUUAAUAAAGUCGCUGCCUCAUCUAAGGAUCAUUUGAAGGUGGCCGAUAUCGAGGACCUCCAAUCCAAGAUGUUCUUGGGGUCCGACGCCUUGAGGUCACGUAACGACUUUUACAAACUCAAGGAAGAUGGAUUCAGUCAGCUCCACAUUCAAUUACAGAGAAUAGUCGAAAGAGCUCCUCGGGAAACACCGGCAUCUCACAUUGUGUCUCUCCUUCACUUAGGUACUACGAACUCGACCACAUUGCAUGCCAUUGUCUCGAUUAUCUUCAAGCUUGUUGACGAAGGUGUCUGUGAUGAAAAAAGUCUCACUGCAGCUAUUUUUGGGCUCUGUGAAUCAUGGGAGGAGCUUUGUAAUGAGCGACUCAAGUUGUCGGAUAAAGACUUGCACUGGGCGAUCAUUGAUUUGCUUCUUCAUCCAACUGUCAUGCGAAAAGCUCUUUCAGAAGAGUUUAUCAAUGACGCCAUUUAUGCUUUCACGCAAUCUAUCCUUGAAAAUUCUUUUGGUAGACGUGGUUUGAUUCCAAGGGUGAUCAAGGGACUUUCAAACUUUCAGGUUUUAGACCCACAAGGUUUUGAGGAGAUCAAAUUUAUACCUAACAUUUUGGUGCAAACUGUUUGUCAUCGCCAAGUGUCAUCUCAUGCAUUUAAGAUGGAGAUAGUGAUUGGUACCCUCUAUGAUGAAAAGAUUGCUCCAUCGAAAUCUGAGAUAUACAAGGAACUCUACGGACCUGAAGAGAUUCUGGGCAAGAUAUGGCUGUUUGCAAUUCUCAACUCCAUCAAGACCGAGUCAUUUGCCUUGUCGGUGAUCAACGCUAUCUUGAAUGAAGAGGACACCUACCGCAUGGUAAAUAUCACAAAGCAAACUGAUGGCGCAGAAGAAUAUGUGAGGUGCCAGUUAGCCAAAGCCAUUCUUUCCGUCAUCGACAAGGUGUCUGUGGAUAAAGUGACAUCAUCUGUGUUUGACCAGUUUAACUACUUCAUCGAGAACGAUCCAAGUCCACUCGUGAGAAUCUACUUCGAGUGGAUAAUUGCUCUUCAGUUAGCAAAAAGCCAUGAUCUUGCCGAGGUCUACUUCCAAAAGGUGGCCAAUUCGUUAGAGUCACACGAGGUGAAGCCGACCGUGGUUACAAUUUACGAGAGAAUACUAUAUUUGAUGAUCCUGUCAUUGGAGGAAAAAGAGGAGGUCGAGUAUUUGACCAGACUCUUGACUAUCAUUAUUCCAGCAGCGUCUACAAACAAGGCAAUCACCCGUCACUUUUCCAUGUCAUUGGCUACCUCAGUGCACGAGGAGAUUGAAAGGAAGAACUUGCCUUUGGAUACGAACCUCAUUGCUUUGGUUGAAAAUAUGUAUAAGAGCGCAGUGGCAUCCAGCGCCUUUGGGCAAUAUAGAAGUGGUGAUGCGCUUUUGUGGGACAUUAUCAACGAUUUGGACUUGGUGAGCAUAUCAGGUGGCUUGUUGUUGAGACUCAGUGACAGAGAGGUUGAGUUCUUCACUAGUGAGCAGUUUAAUAGGUACCUUACAGCAGAGCAAAAGGCAAUUUUGAAUCAUCCAGUUGGUGAAGACCGUGUUGAGUUGUGGGUAUCUAAAAUCAAGGCCGAUCAACAGGAAAAGAGAGAUUUGCAAGAAGCAAGUGGAACCGCGUCGAUGCCAUUGCAGACAAAGAGUCAUGCCUGGAGUACCGUCAUGGAUGUUGACGGUAGUGACGGAAAUGAUGUCAAACGCAGUGACCUAAUUGUUGUUGCGUCUUUGGUCACCAAAGCGCCCAACCUUGGAGGUAUUUGCAGACUUUGUGAUGUUCUAGGCGCGGGCCUCAUGACUGUGUUCGACAUGAAGAUGACAAAGAAUGCCACUUUUAAAAAUGUCGCCGUUACUGCUGACUUCUGGAUGCCCAUGAAGGAGGUGCUUCCUUGGAAUAUUCGUGACUACCUCAGGGAAAAGAAGGUUGAAGGCUACACAUUGAUUGGUCUCGAGCAGACAGACAAGUCGGUUGUCUUGAACGGUGAUCUCCAGUUUCCCAAAAAAUCGUUAAUUCUUCUUGGAAGAGAGAAGGAAGGCAUUCCAGGUGAGCUUCUAGCGGAAUUGGAUCUUUGUGUGGAGAUCAAGCAAGUUGGGGUCGUCAGAUCCAUGAACAUUCAAACGGCCACGGCUGUCAUCUGCCAUGCCUACUCGCUGCAGCAUUGCUAA